UUCAAUACUGAAGUUCCAGUAACCGAGCAGCAGAGCGAUGGAGCUGCCCGCCGCAGGACAGCACAUCUACGCUGUGGAGCACAUUGAAAAGAAACGGAUCCGGAAGGGGAGGAUUGAGUAUCUGGUCAAGUGGAGAGACUGGUCACCCAAGUAUAACACAUGGGAGCCUGAGGAAAACAUCUUGGACCCACACCUGCUGGUCGACUUCCAAAAAAGGGAGCGUCAGGAGCAGGUGAUGGGAUAUCGCAAACGAGGCCCAAAACCUAAACAUCUUCUCAUGCAAGCCCAAUCAUUUGCUCGGAGAUCCAGCACACUCUCAGGCUUGGAUGAGGUCAAAAGUGGCUGUCUCAAAACAGCCAUACAGACACAGCGGAGCAGCAAAACGCACCACCCAUACCAGCGUAUCUGCAAGAAAAGCCUGGUGGAGCCUCUGGCUGAUGGAAAACCGCAGCUGAACAGCAAGAAACACCAGCCUAACCGUAAAAUAUACCAGAAGGUGAAGGAGACUGAGGCAGCUAAAGAUGGAUGGAGCAUUCCUCAGGUCUUGCAGCAGAAAUGGGUUCAGAAUGUCCCAGCAAAACUGAAGGACAUCACCAUAGAGCUUGAGGAGCUUCCAACUAAUGUGAGAUGUGGUGGUAAGUCAGAACUUGGCUCCAGUCUCAUUGCUAAGGAGGCUCAUGCCAGUGGAAUAAGCACCAAGCUGAAGAUUGUACAGAACAAGAACAUAAACGGACGAAUCGUCAUCGUCAUGAGCAAAUAUAUGGAAAAUGCCACCCAGGAUCCCAAGAUGAUACAUAGUGAAGCAGACUUGGGGGUGAAGCAGCUGCUGGAUAAUGAGUCCAAAGUUGCUGAAAAACUGAGGCACUCUAUGAAUCCCAACUUUGAGAAUGGCUGUGAAAAGGACAGCAAAGACAAGGCCAAGCCUCCUCCAAGUGGACUCACAAACGGACCAUUCCAUCCUGUUGCAAAUGACUACAUUACUUCAAGUCUAUUGGCUGCUGAGACGGACAAACCAGAAGAGUUAAGCAGUUCAACAUUUAAUGGACAUUUUAAGUCCAGCCUGACUGCAAAGCCUUCCGAAAAAGAUGUCAUUGCCUAUUCACACCAAAGGAGUCCCCAUGGAGCGCACAAGCGGCAAUACUCAGAGCCAGACAAUGAGAGGGACACUGAGGCCAACAGUGCACCAAACUCUGGACCAAGUCAGUUUCAAAGCAACAUAAUUGGUCACCAGCACUCAAAUAGACACAGGCUUGAAUUGCAGGACAAGCCUAUGGAUCUCAGCUGUUCACAAUUAAGAAAGGAAGGCAAAUCAAUCACAGAUAGUCAAGUGAAGUGGAACUCUGAGAAAGAAGAGGGACCUCAACCAGAAUGGACAGAAAAACAACCAGAAUGUGAACCGUUUCCAACCUUUAUGCCUUUUUUUGGUAAUAUAAUAAUUACAGAUGUAACAGCACACUGCCUUACAGUAACAUUUAAGGAAUAUAUCUAGAAAUGAUGGCAACAAUAAAAACAACUGACAUUAUAACUGUUAACUUGUACACAUGCAAAGUGGACUUGGUCUUCACACUUGAAGAUUACUUUAAUUGUUUUCACAAUGAUCCAGAAUAAAGCUGUAAAGUGCAA